UCUUCAAUUUUCAACCUAAGAUUACCGCCCUACGGUGAUCUUUGAUUUCCAACCUCAAGGAUAGGCAACCCAGAUUAGGUUGGGCGGUGAUUUGAGGGAUGGAGGUAAGUUAGAAUCACUGCCACGUAGGAUCAUCGUGGUGAUAUCAUCAUCUCCACCCACAUCACUCUUGAUCUUGCGAUGAUUAUCCCAUAAGGAUGAUUUUGGAAUAAGAAAGCCCGUCGUAGUUGGAUGUAACUAUGAAUCAAAAUUAUAAAUAUUUAUCAUAUCUUAACCCAACCCAAUCCUUUAAGCCCGAUCAAUCAAAUUUUAAAUUUUGGAUGAUAUGGAAGAAGUUAAAUGACCUAGAUGAGGUUUUUAUCCAUAACUUCGCUAUAUUUAGAGUAAAAUAAAGCUGAACUUGUGCUUCUUUGGACCAAGCCCACCCCAAAAUAAAUAUAACAAACUAUUAAAAAAAAGCAAAAAUUCUUUUGUAAUUAUCACCAACCUGGGUCCUGGGACCAUUUCCCUUCCCAUCUAUAUAAUCCUCAAUCCCCCCCUCUUCUUCCCUCCCCCCUCACUUUCUUUCUUCUUCCCAAAAUCCCAAAGAAAGAAAGGAAGAGAGAGAACAAAAGGUGUUGUAGAGAGAGAGAGAGGGAGGGAGAGAGGAGAGAAUGGGAAAUGGAGUGGGGAUGGCGAAAUGCAGCAAGAUCAGGCACAUUGUGAGGCUCCGGCAGAUGCUGCGGCGGUGGCGGAUGCGGGCGGCGUCGGCGUCGCGGGGGGCGCCGGCGGACGUGCCGGCGGGGCACGUGGCGGUGUGCGUGGGGAGCAGCUCGCGGCGAUUUGUGGUGCGGGCGGCGCACCUCAACCACCCGGUCUUCCGGCAGCUCCUCCGGCAAGCCGAGGAAGAGUACGGCUUCUCCUCCCGGCCCGGCCCCCUCGCCCUCCCCUGCGACGAGUCCUUCUUCGAACAUAUUCUCCGCCACCUCUCCUCUUCUUCCUCCUCGUCUUCCCGUUUCGUUAGCCUCGAGGACUUCCGGAAGACCGCGCCGGCGUCCUCCUCUUGCUCGUGCUCCUGCUGCCACGCCGGCCAGCGGAGUGCCGGAUGGCACUCCCCUGAGUCCGUCCCUCUCGUCCGCGCCGAGAAAUCCGUCUGGUGAUUCACUCAGGCAUUACAUCAAAUAGUUGGGCUGGUGGGCGGACCAGGGGUUGCCCUCGAUGUAAAUAAUAAUGUGAUUAUCUCUAAUACAUAGUUAUUAAUAUGGCCGGUGGGCGGUGGCAUCUUCAUUAUAGUCUUAUUUGCAUGUUUAAAAUUUAAGCUCCUCUGUUUUUAUGUCUCCAAUUUUGGAUUUUGGAUCCGGAUUCGAAUCCGCAUAAAGCUGAAGGAAAAUAAAGUGGUUCAGGAUUCGGUCA